CUAAAAGCAACACACACGAUGGGCAAGAAGACGAAGGUUGGAAAGACGCGGAAGGACAAGUUCUACCAGCUGGCCAAGGAGACGGGCCUGCGAUCGCGUGCCGCCUUCAAGUUGAUACAGCUGAAUCGCAAAUUCGGCUUCCUGCAGCAGUCGCAGGUGUGUUUGGAUCUGUGCGCCGCCCCAGGAGGAUGGAUGCAGGUGGCCAAGCAGAAUAUGCCCGUUUCGAGCAUCGUCAUAGGCGUGGAUCUGUUUCCCAUUCGCCCCAUUGCCGGAUGCAUUGGCCUGGUGGAGGACAUCACGACAGAGAAGUGCCGCCAAUCGCUCACACGGGAGCUGCAAUCCUGGAAAGCGGAUGUCGUCCUGCACGAUGGUGCUCCGAAUGUGGGUCGCAAUUGGUUGUACGAUGCGUAUCAGCAAAUCUGCCUGACCCUCAACUCCCUGAAGCUGGCCACCCAAUUCCUGCGCAGCGGCGGUUGGUUUGUGACCAAGGUGUUCCGCUCCAAGGACUACAAUGCUCUGCUCUGGGUGCUCAAGCAGCUAUUCAAGAAGGUGCAUGCCACCAAGCCGAGUGCCUCGCGUAAGGAGUCCGCCGAGAUCUUCGUUGUCUGUCAGGGUUACCUGGCCCCCGAUCACAUUGAUCCCCGCCUCCUGGACUCGAAAUAUGUGUUCGAGGAGCUGGAUCUUGAUUCUAAUAAGAAAACCAGCAGCUUGCUGCAUCCCGAGAAGCAGAAACGCAUCAAGGCCGAGGGCUAUACCGCUCAGGAUAUUGCCCUCCGCAACGAACUGGCCGCCAGUGAGUUUAUGAAGGCCGAAAAUGCUUUGGCCGCCCUGCAGGGCAUCGGUUCCAUUGGCAUCGACGAUCAGCGCAUUGCCAAGCACAAGAAGACCACCGUGGAGAUCCUGGAAUGCUGCAAGGAUCUCAAGGUCUUGGGACGCAAGGAUAUCAAGGGUCUGGUCCAAUGGUGGAAGGAUGUCAGGGGGCUGUUUGUGAAGACCGAGGAGGCGCCGCCACUCAUCGUUGGGGAUCCCAACGAGGAGAAGGCCAAGAAGCCCUUGACCCAAGCGGAAAUCGAGGAUAUGGAAGAUGCGGAGCUGCAAACUCAAAUUGAUUCCAUUGUGGACGAGGAGAAAAAGGACCUGAAGCGCAAGCGCAAGAAGACGCUGAAAACAAAGGCCAAGCUGCACGAGAAGAUGAACCUGAAUAUGGUGAUCAAGGGCGACGAUGGUCCCGUCGAGGAGACCGAGCACGAAAUCUUUGAGCUCAAGAAUAUCAACACCUCGGCGGAGCUCGACGAUUUACUUGAUGUUCAGCCCGAUUUCGCUGUGGACGACAGCCAGCCGGAGCAGGAGAAGCUGCCGAAAUACAAGUAUUUCGACAAGGAUGAGGGAAAUAUCAAUGAUGAUCUAAACUACGACGAUGAUGAUGAUGAAAGCGAAGCCGCCUCAGAGGAGGACGAAGAUCAAAUAGAUGGCAAACAAACGGGCCUGGGCCUCAGUGACGAUGAGGAUGACGGCAACUCAAAGGGUAAAAACAAGAGAAAAAAGCGCUCCGAGAAUCCGCUUAUCAAGUCGAAUGAUUUUCGCGAUAAGAACACAAAGCGUGAGCAACGCGUACAGCUUUGGUAUGAGAAGGAUGUCCUGCAGAAUAUCCAAUCGGACGACGAUGAGGAGACCUACGAUCUGGAUAAUCUGGCCAAGGAGUACAAGGCCAAGGGUGUCUCGGUUUUGGGCGAGACCAGCAGCCUCGCCGCGGACGCAGAUAGUGAGCUCAUCCAGGGCAAGAAGGCCAAACGUCGGGCACGCCAUGAAGCGGCCAAGGAGGAGAGCAGCUCAGAGUCCUCCGAUUCCGAGGAUGAAGAAGCUAACAAGGAUGGCGAAGAAGAUGGUGAAUCGACAACAGGUAAGAAUGCCAAGGUAAAGAAGGUUCGUUUAACCGAAAAUGAAAUGGCCCUGGGUGCAUUCCUAACGCGCAACAAGAAGACGCGUCGCGACCUCAUCGAUGCCGCCUGGAAUCGCUAUGCCUUCAACGAUGAGAACCUGCCCGUUUGGUUCGUGCAGGACGAGGAUGAGCACAUGACCAAGCCGGCGCCAGUGCCCAAGGAGCUGACCGCCGAGUAUCAACGCAAAUUGCAGGAGGUCAACGUGCGCCCGAUCAAGAAGGUUAUGGAGGCCAAGGCACGCAAGCAUCGUCGGGCCACAAAACGCUUGGCCAAGGCCAAGAAAAUGGCCGAGAAGAUUAUGGAGAACUCCGAUGCCACCAAUCACGAGAAGUCCAAACAGCUGAAGAAGGUGUACAAGAAGGCGCAGGAGAAGAAGAAGGAAGUCACAUAUGUGGUGGCCAAAAAGCAAUCGGCCGCCCGUCGAGCCCGCCGCCCACAAGGUGUCAAGGGUCGCUACAAGGUCGUGGAUCCGCGCGAAAAGAAGGAUAAGCGCUCGAUGGACGUGAAGAGGAAACGCGAAAAGGGAAAGGGCGGAAAGGGUGGCAAAGGCGGUGGUCGCAAGGGCCGUAAAUAAAAUGUAAAUCUAACCAAGAAUUAAAUAUGUAUAAUUUUUAGAGAUAUUAAAAAUACGU